AGACUUCUGUUUGCUCCUCCUCUCAGGGACCUCGGGGACCUCGUUCCUAGUGUCCUAGCUUUAAAAUGCUUCUGCAUUUUUCAUUUUGUUUCCCUCGUGGCACUAACAUGUGCAACAGGGGGCAUGGGUUUUCAGCUCAAACCAGGUAGGUUUUCUUCUGUUGUUGAUGAUGAUGAUUUUCUCUUUAUUCUCUGGUUCGGCUUAUCAAAGUAGGUCAGCUUCUACUGUAAUGUUUAAGCUAAAUUCUAAUUAUUAAAGCCCUGAUGGCUGGUGUGUUAGAUUCUAGAGUUUGAGAGUCAAGGAUACAUUAUCUACUGCAGGAAUAUAAACCAGACAGAUGCUGAGCCUUUGAGAUGGUAGGUAAAAAAACUGUACAUGUAAAAUGUUCUAAAAACCAUGUGGCUAAAUGAACUGUCAACCUCUAGGUCUAAAAAUAGGACAAGAUAACAUAUGUUCACUUUUAGCAUAAUUUCUAAAACUGUGGACAAAAGCAGUAUCUUUGCAAUGUAUUCUAAACUAAAGCUUUUCCAACUUGGAAGAAACUAUGGGUAAUAACCCACAAAGCAUUCUUCCAGGACUGAAGUCUAGCCAGUUCAGGGCACAGUGUGUGUUUGGGUUUCUCUGGGGCAGCUUUGACAAUGUUCUUCUCAUGUCUAACUUGGACUUUCUGUCUAUUUUUCCUUCAAUGUCAUUUCUCUUUCUGGACACUUUUGACCAUCAAGGCACCCAUUCCACCAGGCAGGAAAGAGAGCUUUUGCCAGUCUUUGAUAACCGAUCCAACAAAGGGUGACAUUUUAGACUCAAUAGUAACUAACACAGAAAGCCCAUGGCAUACAGAGAGCUUUCCUAACCUUAAACCUCUCCAUGAAGCUAUGCAUUCUAGUGAAGAUUCUAACCAGACAAUAGUGUACUCUGAGGAAUCCAACAGAACUGUGUCAUACACACAGAAAAUCACUAACCCAUUACCAGCAUCCCCCAGCUCCAGUCCUGCACCAUUCGGAGAUACUAACACAUUUCUACGAGAGGACUACAUGCAAGAUUCUCAAACCCGAAGAAUUUCUACCUUGAAACUAACCCAUAAUCAGAACCAAGGGAAUGAUUCCCCCUUUAAACCACCACAGAGUGCCCAACCCACUGACGUCCCAUCAUCUCUGAAAAGGUCUUGCUCACCAACCCCUAGCCCAGGACCGAACACACACACAGCAGCUCUCUCCAUUCAGAUAGCUCCCCAUUCAGGAAAGGAUCUUGAAAGCCACCAACAGUUCCCUGAACUGCCUCCAGAAAGUGAAAAGAUGCCUCUUCAGCAAGAGAAACAAACAUCUACAGAUGCCGAGACCUGUCUGACCCCAGCGGUACAUUACCCUUGCUAGUCUCUUCUGUGUGUGUUGCAGAAACCCUAACUCCUUGGGUUUGAGCUUCUAAUUAAAACUAAUGUUUUAUUAGUUUCUAAACAGAAAGGGAAAGGAGAAAGAAACUAUUUCAAACCUGACUGAACUCAGUCAAUUUCUUGUAUCUUUUUAUUUAAAUACAUGCACAUAGAACUUUCAUAAAAAAAUGUUCUUUCUACCUUUUUCUUAAAUCAUCGAUAGAGAAGUUGUCACUUAAGAUAUUGUUAACUACAUCCAACCUUAAAUUACUUCCAGGUACCAAAGACCUAUCUUUCAUGUCAGAACUUUGGAAGUUAUUUGAAAUAAAUUAACCUAAUUUAAAUGUACAACAUCUUUUAAGAUUAUUCUCAAUCAUAAUAUACUUUAUCUUAAUUUCAAGCAGUAUUUUUCCCUUUGUAAACUGACAUUAAUUUUCUCUAAGAUUUGAUCAAUAAUUUUAGAAAGCAUACUAACCAAAUUUUAUUACCUAGAUUUUGGGGGUCCUUGUAGUAAGAAGGCUGCUUGUUUGGUUCCCAGCCACCGGGCUAGCUUAGACCCAAA